CAGGAGCCACCAUGUUCUCUCGCAUCAUCCACUUUCUCGCUCUACAAUCCUUGUUUCCUCUGGUUCUCAGCAGCCAUGGCUCUCUCUCUCUACCAUUCUCUCUCCCUCUGCAACAAUCCCAAACCCGUCUCUCUCAAGACGACCCCCAAACUCUCACUCUCUCUCUAGAAAGAGUCACCCCAAAACCCACAUCAGAUCCCUAUCACAAGCUCUCCAUCUAUGCCUCCACCUCCCUCGCAAGAGCCCAACUUCUCAAACGCCCCAAAUUUAGCAAAAAUGCAACUACAUUUGAGGUUCCUCUGUCUCCUCUAAGCUAUGGUGGCUACACUGUCACUCUCGAUUUCGGAACACCUCCGCAACCUCUUUCUUUCAUCAUGGACACAGGUAGUGAACUUGUUUGGUUUCCAUGUACCUCAACAUACAUAUGUGCUAUGUGUCCAAAUCCAAUCCCUACUUUCUUCCCUAAACAAUCCACCUCUGCUAAAUUAGUGGGCUGUCUAAAUCCGAAGUGUAAAUGGAUAAGUGAAUCUUCAGGCUCAAUUUCUCUCUGUAAAUCUCGUGUUUGCUCACCUUACAUUGUACAAUAUGGGUCUGGUUCAACCUCUGGUCUUCUCCUUUCCGAGACUCUAAAUUUAAAAAGCUCCUCUAAGUUUGAAGACUUUGUGGUGGGCUGCUCUCUAAUUUCUAGUAGGCUGCCCUCUGGUAUUGCCGGGUUCGGAAGGGGUAAUCUCUCUCUACCAGACCAGCUAAAUUUGGGGAAAUUCUCUUAUUGUUUGGUUUCACAUAAGUUUGAUAACACAAAUAAAAGCAGUACAAUGCAGCUUGGUGCCUUGGUAGAUGAGAGCAACCUUGAAUUCACACCAUUUCUGAAGAACCCAAUAUCAGAAAACAAGGCUUUUCAGGUUUAUUAUUACUUGGGUCUUAGAAAGAUCACAGUAGGUGGAAAGAAGGUGAAAAUCCCUUAUGAAUUGUUAAAGCUUGAGCCCUCAGGUAAUGGCGGUUGUAUCAUAGACUCUGGUACUACUUUCACUUUUAUGGAGAGAGAAAUCUUUGACAGAGUUGCAGAGAAGUUUGAGGCAGAAGUUGGGUUGGAGAGAGAGAAAGCAAUUGAGGAGAGCAGCGGUUUGAGGCCUUGUUUUAAUGUUUCAAAAGGUGAGAAUUUGACAUUACCAAAGCUAGGUUUUCAUUUCAAGGGUGGUGCAACAAUGGAGCUUCCUUUAGAGAAUUACUUCGCAUUUUUCGGUGAAACUCAAGCUGUUUGCCUCACAAUAUUGACAGAUAACGGUAAUGUUAAUGGCUCAAAGGUGGGGCCUUCCAUUAUUUUGGGCAAUUUUCAGCAGCAAAAUUAUUACAUUGUUUAUGAUAUAGAGAAGGGGAGAUUAGGGUUCAGGCCUCAGGAGUGCUGAGACUUGGGAAUAUUUCCAGUGCCGAAGUUUCGGCAUCAUUUCGGCCGAAAACCAAAUAAAAGGGGGACAGCGAAUCUUUCGUCUUUUUUGGUUUGCUUAAUGCGCAAUACAAUGCUAAUUUUUAUUAAGUUCUUGAAUAAUUGUGAGAAUAUGAUGUGUCAUAAUUAGUGUGUGAUUUCAACCGGGCUUUAAUGAAAUUGGCCUACUUUUCACUCUGUCA